AGUUAAGAUUCGCAUAUAUUUUUUCUCAAUACAACUGACAGUGCACCGUGCCUUUUCUCAAUAAACAAAGUGGUUUCUUCAUUAUUGUCAGUAUCACUAACAGUCGUUUAUCAAUAUUUACUAUGAGGAGAAUUGGUUAUUCAAUUCGAGUUCCAGCGCCGGAAGUUCUGACGGUCGCGAGGCGUCACGCACGUCGCCGCCAGCUCCAGCAAGAAGCGAAUGAUCAACGCAACCUUGCUGUUGGCCCUUCAUCAAACUGGAAGGAUUUGGAAGCAGAGGAUACAACACCCAACGUAUCGAGCCUGAGAAGCGAAGGCAUGAUGGCUGCGCCAGCGACCACCUCGCUAGAUAAAAUACGCUCCCAACUGGCGAAAAUGCGAACCGAGAACACGAAAAAGGUGACGGAAGAAAAAGCAGCUCUCGAGAAACAGCGAUGGUUAGAAUCUCGAGUAAACAAGCAGGAACAGGAAACGAUGCUUGCCGGAGAAAAGCUGACUACGACGACAAAAUCAAGAAACGAUAUCUUGACAGCUCUUAUUCAGCAGGAAUACGCACGUACCAACAAGCCAAACGAUGUUUUCAAAAAUGGAAAGGAGGUACUGGAUGGUGUGGCACAACGUUCUUUUCUGUUGCAGCAGAAACGGUUUCAAGAUACAGACGAAGUACUGCGGAAAUCCGGGAAGGGUGAAGACACCCGACGCUUUGUCCAACUUGCAUUUGCGCCUUCUUCGGAGCAAACGGCACAGUUGGUGAACCUCUUGCAGCGCAUGAGCGCCCAAUGGUCUUCGGAAAAAGACCAGCUGUCCAGCUCGUCAGAUUACGCUGCAGACACGAGGGACACAGACACGCUGGAGAGAGUGGCAUGGAUGCAGGUGCUUGAGCAACUUUCGGACGAGGAAGUACGGUUACUGUGGGAAGCAAACGUCUUGGACGUCGAAACUCUAGCGUCUCUCUUUUCAGAACAGUCAGAGAAGGAAAGACGGCCGGAAAAUGACGUUAGUGAAGACGUCGCGGAGGACUCUACGAGUUUCACUCCGUCAAAUUCUCUGCUCGUUGAGAAAAUUGACUACGUCCAACGACUGCAGUACUUACAGGAACUGACCAAGUUCAUUUGUGAAACGGAGAUCGGUAAAGUUCCUUCAAUUGACUUGGCACCUAUCUUAGUGAAAGUGCAGCGGCGACAGUUUGUCGACAUCACCGAGGACGAGCUGCGCAAGCUGGAACAAAACGAAGAAAGUGCAUCCAUGCGGCUUUCUGCUUCCAUGGAUAAGCCUCAGGCAUCACCACCGGAUGCUUCCGUGCAGCAUCCUACCCUGCCAACCAAAGCAUCCAUCCAAAUUGAAGUACCAGCCUCUACUCUUGACCGUGCGCUCACGCCUUCCAACGCCUUCCUCAGCGCCGUGGCGGAGAAAGAUGCGGCUUUGAAGAAGUCACUGGAAGGCAUGGAACGUAUCAAACGUGAAGCGCUGCUCGAUCCAGAGUUCCAAGAGGCAGUGCGUUUCGCUCACGCUGUCGAAGAGGCCUCUGUUGCUCCACACCUUCACGGACUGGCAACACGUUCUGACAGUUUGGCGCAAACAGACGAGAAAGACGCCAAAGACGACAAAUCAGCGUUUCGCAACGAUGCGCGACAGGUUAUGACGAAGCGCGAGCGUCGCGCUGCGCGCAAUCGUCAACUUCGCGGUCCGAUGACGCGGUCACCGUACUCUGCCGAAGUGGUGCCGUACUUCUACAAUGACAUGCGCAGCAUUGUUCCACCUCGCGGCGCCUUCAAUUUACCUGCCCCGACACCAACGAAGGCAGAGCGCGCUGAACUUCGCGGGCGUCGUCGCCGAGCACGCCAGCGCUUUCGCUUCCGCAAAUAA